AUGGAUAUGGAUUAUAAGUCUCGGAAGGAAGCAUUUGUUUCGGGCCUGUCUGGUGGAAAUAUCAUAGAAGUUGGCAAUGUCCUUCUAAUUCCCUUGACUGCAAUCCUCUUCUGGACUACUAUUCAUACUCGAUUUUCUUCCUUUUCCAGAUAUCGCCCUGUCAGUGUCACAGUAGAAUUCCUGUUGACUGUGGGGAUACCACUUUGUGCUUUGACCGUCUGGUAUCCAUACGUGCCUGCAUUAAACAUCGGCCUGGUUCUUUGUUCUGCGCUCUUACUUCUCUGCUUGAAGCCAUUCAUGGGGGGCGGUCAUGCCUUUACACCACCGUCAAAUAAAAGAGCGGGCCGCCGGCACCAAUAUCUGUUCAUCUCACAUCAUCGUGGAGCGCUGAUGAUGUUGGUCUGUCUUGCGAUCUUGGCAGUUGAUUUCCAAGUGUUCCCACGAAGUCUAGCAAAGACUGAGAACUGGGGUAUAUCCGUGAUGGACUUCUUUGCUGGGAGCUUUGUGUUUUCAUCGGGAUUCAUAUCACACAAGUCCACCCGGAACAGAGCAAGGCGGUCUUUUUAUCUCACAAUAUUUGGCCUCCUGCGGCUCGGCGCCCUCAAUUUGUUUAAUUACCAACAACAUACCUCUGAAUACGGGGUUCAUUGGAAUUUAUUUUUUACGAUCCCCGCCUUGACGGCUAUUGUCGGCAUAUUCGACUGCAUGACAGCUGUUAUUCCCUUGCCAGACGAAGCACUUGCCAUCGCGACCAUGGUGGCAAGCGAAAUCUGCUUGAGAACCACAAGUCUACAAGAGAACAUUCUCAGUCUCGAAAGAGGAACCAGUUUAAUUUCUCUCAAUCAGGAGGGUCUUUUCUCCACCCUCGGAUACGCGGCAAUUUACUUAAUUGGCCGCGCGGUCGGUUCUCAUGUUUUCAUGCUGUUGUCAUUUCAGAAACGUCCGAAUCUUGUCCUCUCCGAAUUGGCAACACAGGCUUUUCUAUGGGUUGGAUGUUUUGUUCUCGCCUCGACAGAUGUCGCUGGUUUUGGAUGGCAGAUUCCAGUUUCCCGCCGGCUCGCGAAUGUAUCCUAUGUCUUCUGGGUGGCAGCGGUUAACAGUACCUGGCUGUUUCUAUACUACUUGAUUGAUUGGGUCCACAUAACUACAGGACAAUGGUCAGACAAGCAACAUGUCAGGAGUGAUCAACAACAUGCUAUGAAGUUUGCGCGGAGUGAUAUAAUUUCUGCAUUUAAUGAAGGUGGUCUUGCGGUCUUCAUAAUUGCAAACAUUAUUACUGGAGUUGUGAAUUUGACUGUGAACACCUUGGAUAUGUCUGGGUCAUCAGCAAUGACUCUCUUGACUGGUUAUGCUAUUUUUCUUAUUACUGUAACUUUACACUUGCAGUCAUCUGAGAGAAAGCUUAGAGUAUAG